UGGAGCUCGGGAGGCGAGGCAGACUCGCGCGCGCGGCGAUCCCGCCUUCUCGUCGGCGCAGCCCGCUCCCAGCCGCCGCUCUCUCCUGCUAGUUCCCUGUUCCUAGACGCCUCUCCUCACUUCAACCUCCGCAGUUCCUUCUCUCCAUGGAUUCCCUUCAGACCGCACAGAUGGUGAGCUUGCCCGCCGAGCUCGGCAGCAACAACUUGGAGCUGGCGGAGCCGGAGGAGCCGGCGGCAUCGGUGGCCGCAGGAGAGUCAGCCGCCCACCCGGAGGAGGUGACACCCGAGGGCUCCCAAGCUCCCGCGGCUCAAGAGCCAGAGCAAAGCCAGCCUCUGGCGGCCUCGACGCCGCUGGAGUGCAAAGUCCUGCUCACGCAGGCGGAUGCCUUAGCAUCUGGGGGGCACCUUCGGGAAGCCCUCGAGGUGUACCGACAGCUCUCCGAGAGGCAGCAGCUCGUGGCGGAGCAGCUGGAGCAGCUAGUGCGCUGCCUGGCCGACAGUGUCCCGCAAGAGGAGCUGAUGGCGCCAGCUUCUUCAGACCCGAGCGCCACUUCGAGCUGCUGCGCGGCGGCACUGAAAGAGGCAGGGGAGGCCGCGGCCGUGGCCCCCGAGGUAUGGGAUGGCUUUAAGUGCAGGAAGUGUCACGGGUUUCUCUCCGACCCGGUGUCCCUGUGGUGCGGCCACACCUUUUGUAAACUGUGCCUGGAGCGCGGGCGGGCCGCCGAUCGGCGCUGCACCCUGUGCGGGGUCAAGCUCUCCGCACUCAUGGUGGCCAGUGGGAGGGCGCGCGGGCCGCGGCGCUCGGGGUCGCAGGCGCCACUGCAACUGCGAGUCAACGUGGUACUCAGCGGCCUCCUGGGCAAGUUGUUCCCGGGCCCCGCGCGGGCGUCGCAACUCCGGCAUGAGGGCAACCGGCUGUACCGCGAGCGCCAGGUGGAGGCAGCUCUGCUCAAGUACAACGAGGCUGUGCGUCUAGCUCCAAAUGACCAUUUGCUUUAUAGCAAUCGGUCCCAAAUUUAUUUCACCUUGGAGUCUCAUGAGGAUGCACUGCAUGAUGCAGAAAUAGCAUGUAAACUACGGCCAAUGGGUUUUAAGGCACACUUCAGAAAAGCACAAGCUUUAGCCACUCUAGGCAAGGUGAAAGAAGCACUCAGAGAAUUUCUCUACUGUGUAUCCCUUGACGGAAAGAACAAGAGAGCUAGAUCUGAAGCUCAAAGGCUUCUCUUUAGUUUCUUUUCACCAUCAGUCCCGGGGGAGUCUCAGGAACAUUCUCCCGAUAUCCUGAAGCUGUUGGCACCUCACCCUAGAUUAAAGGAACACGUAGAGUCAAUGGCUACUGAAGGCACCAGCCAUAAUCUACCAAAGUUGUCACAGGAGAAUCUGGAGCUUCCCCAUUGUUCUAAUCAGGAGGGAGCAGCAGCGGUGGGGGAAGAGAACAGCAGCCUAGCAAACUCAGCUCAAGGAAAGGUGAGUAGUAAAGAAGACAGAGAGAAAAAUCAGGAAGGAGAGGACCAAGAUGUUCCCACCAUCAGGACUGGCAAAUGCCAGGAAAAGAAGAGGAAUCAUUGUCAAAUUGAAAGCCAAGAAGACACAGAAUUGCCUAAUAAAGUCCCCAAACAAGAUCUUCCUGUUAACCAGGGGGCCAAACCAGAUCUCAGUAUCCCACUUGGAUCUUUUGAUGCAUCUGACCUUGAAUGCUCACUGUGUAUGAGAUUAUUCUUUGAGCCAGUCACAACACCUUGUGGGCACACCUUUUGCCUGAAAUGUCUUGAGAGAUGCCUCGAUCAUAAUGCGAAGUGUCCACUGUGCAAAGAUGUUCUUUUACAGUGCUUGCCAUCAAGAAAAUAUAGCAAAAAUGUAAUAAUGGAAGAACUCAUAGCUAAGUUCCUGCCAGAAGAACUCAAGGAACGAAAGAGGCUUUAUGACGAGGAAAUGGAAGAACUUUCUAACUUAAAUAAGAAUGUGCCUAUUUUUGUGUGUACCAUGGCCUAUCCCACCGUUCCUUGCCCCUUGCACAUCUUUGAGCCUUGUUACCGCCUGAUGAUUCGGAGAUGUAUUGAGACAGGCACGAGACAGUUUGGCAUGUGCCUUGGAGAUCCUGUCAAAGGGUUUGCAGAAUAUGGCUGCAUCUUAGAGAUCAGAAAUGUCCAGUUCUUUUCUGAUGGCCGAUCGGUGGUUGACAGCAUAGGCAAGAGGCGCUUCAAAGUGCUCCAUCAGGGUCAACGGGAUGGCUACAACACUGCUGACAUUGAAUACAUUGAAGAUCAAAAGGUUCAGGGAGACGAUUGUGCUGAACUCAUGGGGUUACACAACUGUGUGUAUGAGCAAGCAUCAUCAUGGUUUCAUUCACUCAAAACAUCUCUGAAGAAUCGGAUACUAAAUCACUUUGGUCCAAUGCCAGAGAAAGACGAAGACCCCCAGGUUAAUCCAAAUGGUCCAGCCUGGUGCUGGUGGACACUGGCAGUUCUUCCCCUGGAAAGCAGAGCUCAGCUUCCCUUCCUAGCAAUGAGGUCCUUAAAGGAUAGACUGAAUGGUAUUCGGCGUAUCCUGGCCUUUAUAUCGAGAAACCAAAAUUAAUGGGACUGGAUUGUGGAAGAGGAAUUUCUGUCCUCUCCACUGCCCUGGGGCAAUGUUCUUGUAAACAUAUCUAAUUGCAAUAACACCUUAACAAACGCUAGUACCCUAGAGAGAUGUUAUUCUUUUUGACCACACAGAAAUCAGGUAGAAAAGACCAAAAGGAUGUGACCUGUUUUGAGUUUCUGUUCAGUUGCUUCUUGACACACUAUGCUAGCACACAAACAGCAGAAGUGUGGAAGAGGCCAAAAAGAGUUGAUGUUUAGCAUCAAUUUUUCUGAAAUUAAAAAGUCACUUGUCUUUCAUA